UCCAACAGGCAUCAUUCUGCAAUGUAAGUAGGGUAAUGGAGCGAUAUUCCAGCAAAGCUCGCAUUACUCUAUUAAUCUUCCUGUUGUUCCGUCCGUCUGAAGCAGCUUCUGACAUGAUGGUGGUACCAGUACACCCUGGACAGGAUGUCAUUCUGCCAUGUCAGGCUGCUGAUUCCUCCAUCAGUGCUGUAGAGUGGAGCAGACAUGACCCAAAGCCAGAGUACAUCCUCUUUUACAGCGAUAAAGAAACAGAUACAACCAUACACAAUCCAUCCUAUAAGGGCAGGGUGGACCUGUCUGGCAAAGAGCUGAAUGGCGGAGAUGCAUCUUUAAUUCUGAAGAAUGUGAGCAGCAUCGACCAAGGCACAUACGAGUGUCGGGUUGCACCAGCUGGUUCAGGACGGAAAAAGAGAGCAAUCAUCGACUCUGAGCCAAUCAGAACCAUCCGUCUGCAGGUUACAGACUCAGGUUCAAACUCUAAGGGUGGCAACUUUGCAUUUGUGUACCUGUUGAGUGUGGCAGCUGUAUUGUCUGGAGCAGGGUGCAAUUUGUGAAAAAAGCAGAGGGGACAAUGUUUUUUGAUGUAAAAAAAUGUGAAUAAUACAAAUGACACAUGAGACUUAACUAGUUCAAUACAAUAUGCUUAUGUUAUACCUUUACAGAAUAAUACACUUAAAGCUUGUGAGAAAAAUAAAAAAUUAUAAAAU